AUGCCAUUUGUCACUAGUGUUCAUCAAAAGCUCGACAAGUAUCGAUUAGUACUUGGUUCUACUUCUCCUCGAAGAAAGGAGAUCUUGGAGACGAAUUUCGGCAUUAGCAAAUUCGAUGUAAUUGGGUCAAAUUUUGCAGAAAACUUGACAAAAUCAGAUAAAACACCUCUUGAGUAUGUAAUCUUAACAAGCCAACGCAAGGCUGAGGCAUUAGUCAAAGUUGUCAAAGAAAAUUAUAGUCAAGAAGAUAUCAUUCUUAUAACAUGCGAUACGGUGGUUUCUUGCAAUGGCGAGAUCUUUGAAAAACCAGGCACCAAGAUUGAACAAGCACGAUUCUUCAAGUAUUAUUCAAGAUAUCCAAAAGUAAAUGUAAUUUCAGCUGUUACAAUAAUCAAAAUACGAGGCAGUUCGAUACUAGAGUUUCAAAAUCAUUGUAUAACCAAAUUAGAAUUCAAGCUGAAUAAUGAGGAUGUAAUGAAUGGGUAUAUAGAUAGUGAAGAGGGCUUGGAAGUUGCAGGAGGAUUCAAGUUUCAGGAGAGAGGUUGCUUGUUAUUUAAGGAAAUUACUGGUGAUUACCUCAACAUUGUUGGUCUUCCAACUUAUACCUAUGACCUAUUGAAAAGGGCUUUAGAAUGA